CACAUUCAAGGGCAUGUAGAAUUGGAAUACAUCCUCAGCCAGUGUGCGACACCUUCAAUUAUGUCCCAGACCCUCAAUUUCAAUUGAACUCUCCUUGAUCCAAGUCCGCAUAACCUCCUCUCUCCCCUCCUACCGACAUCAUGGCCCGCAGCCAUCUCACCCGUAGACUAUGGUUACCCACCCACACCUCAACACGACCAACAUGCCUCUUGCAAAGAUCAAGAACGUUCCACACCAGUCCCUAUCGCCGAACAGAUGGCGUGUACAAAGAGCUGACGGAAAUGCGGAUCCGGACGCCAUGGAUAGAGGCAUUGCGAGACGCCCAAAACAACAAAUCCUCCCCAACAGCAACAGCCCCGCCACCGGCCAAAGUUGACCUCACACCCAAAAAGAUGUCGGAUAGCUAUGUCAGCUUGGUGCUACCACUUGCGCAAGACAAAUGGCUCCUCGAUACCUAUGCCAACUAUACCGGCCAAAUCCGCACUGGCACGCUGCUCAUGGACCUCGACGCACUCGCCGGCGUGGUCGCAUACAAACAUACCGGCGAAGGUGUCAGCACCGUUACAGCAGCCGUCGACCGCAUCACCCUCCAGAAUCCCAUCAAAGAAAUCUGCGACCUCGAACUCUCCGGACAAGUCACCUAUGCCACAGGACGAAGUAGCAUGGAAGUAACCCUUCAAAUCGCCAAAGCGCCCACCGCCGGCCACGCCAGUAAACCAGAAGAAGUCUUCAUGACCUGCGCCUUCACCAUGGUCGCAUUAGACCCUCAAACCAAACGACCCGUCAACAUCGCACCUCUCGUGGUAUCCACCGCCGCCGAAAAGGCCAUCUUUGAAAAAGGCGCGCAAAACUACAAGAGCAAAAAAGCCCUGAAAUCCGCCCACAUCCUCCAAAAAGCCCCUGACGCGGAAGAAUCAGCCGAGAUUCACAAAAUGUGGACAGAAUCACUGGCAUAUGCAGACCUCAAAAACCCCAAACACCAGCCUCGCAACGUCAUGACCAUGUCCAAGACCUCGAUCCACAGCACGCAGAUCAUGCAACCUCAAUAUCGCAACCGUCACAACUUCAUGAUCUUUGGCGGAUAUUUACUCAAACAAACCUUUGAAUUGGCCUUUACCUGCGCCGCCGCGUUUUCACACACUCGACCACGGUUCCUGAAUUUAGAUCCCAGCACAUUCGAAGAACCCGUCCCUGUUGGUUCCGUGCUCUAUGUCUCCGCUGGUGUGUCGUAUACGGAACCUGAUCCAACGAGUGGAGGGACGAGAAUUCAAGUCAUGGUGCGCACACACGUUCGACCGGUGGAUAAUCAGGAUCAAGACCGCAAAUCGACCGGGACUUUCUUCUACACGUUUUUGUCACAUGAUUCAGUCAGUGUGCUUCCUCAGAGUUAUGGCGAAUUCAUGCGUUGGGUGGCUGGAAAGCGCAGAGCGGAACAGCUGGCUACAACGUUGCAGACCCAUAUGGGCACGAGUACUGGACUGGCCAGUCUGCAUGCGGAGAACUUGACGGAAUGAGAAUACUUGAGUGAGUUACAAAACUAUACUGAAUGAUCUGGUCAAAUAAAAGACGAGAGGGGGAAUCAGUUCCCAAAUCAAAGAGCAAAAGGCAACAGGCGAGAAAUCUGGGCCCUCCAAAAAGGGCAAAUUUCUUUCUCCCGGAGUCGUUCCGUCAUCACACCACAAUCGUAUAGUUGGUUGAACGAAGGGAUAAUACGACGGUCGAAGGGAACGGCGAAUGGUAUGAAUGAUAUGGUAUGAUCAUAAGAAUGAGGCCAUGGAAUUACAGUACACAGUGCCAAUGACAAUCAGAUGACUUAUUACACAACCAUGCACG